AUGCCCGACGUCAAGAUCCGCUCCUCCUGCGAUACGUGUCUCACCACCAAAGUCAAAUGUAGCCAAACAAAGCCAGCAUGUGCCCGUUGCCUUCAACACGGUCGGGAGUGUGUUUACAGUCAAUAUCGCAAGAUCGGUCGCCCCUCGGCGAGAUCUCUGGGUGCGACGAUCGGGCGCACCGACCAGCUGCCGAAAGAACGCGUGGGAAAUUCCGGCCGACGAUUGAAAAGAAGCCAACACCAGCACAGUCCUCGGUCUCCAGACGAAUCGUUGUCGAGAGGCGGUGCGCCACUGCUGCCGGCCAGUGUGUCGAGCGAUCCCCUGGGAAGCUGCAUCAACCCGAGCCACCUCACAAAUCCAUGUGCCAUCCCCGUGCCCAAGACUGCCCCAAGGCCGAUUCUCGAUGAACUGGAUGACGGAGACCGGUCAGCUUCGUCGGCGAGAGGAUCCGCUCUGUCGCUCGACCGAAACAUGUCCGACUCGGAAAUCGCAGCGAGCCUGGCCACUGGCUUGGAGUACGGGAUUGGAGAGGUCGACUGGACCGCGCUGGAAAGUGUCUUUGAUGGAUCAGCACCGCAAGAGUCGUCCUUUCCCGCGCAGCAGCAGCAGCAGCACUUUGGCCGGGUCGCUCCAUCGAGCUGGGGCACCCAACAACACUCCCCUGGAUUGGCAACCCCUCGUCGAACGCCGCAAAUCGAGCGCCUUUUCUUCUCCCUCCCCGACGAACACUCCUUGUUCGGGGGAUGCUCCGCCGCGAUGGAUGGACAGCCCGCGAAUGAUCCUCUCUGCCAACCGACCAUCGCUUCUCACUCCGAUCUUUCCCCCUUAGGCGAGCUGGAUCUGUUCGCCCCCAGCACGCGAUGCACAUCCCAUUGCUACGCCGGUCUGACAAGCCAACUCGCCAGGAUCUCCGAGGUGCAGGCGCCCGGGUCCAACGUCGCGCUGGAUGUCCUGCUCAACCUCGAUGGUCAAGUCAGUCCCGCCCGGGACAAGAUCCUGCGCUGCCAGUUCUGUCUCGCGGGCUCAGGCUGUGCGCAAACGCUGAUGCUCCUGACGCUCGUGGUGGCGAAUGUCCUCAGCUUGUUUGAGAAUAGCUGCGGCCCCGCAGAUGAUGAAGGGGCGAGCGGGAUUGACAGCGGCUGUGUCAUGGGCGGUCCCUCGCCCAUCAGUGGGAGCUCGACCCCCGGCUCGAGUGACUUGCGCCAUGGGCUCCCAUCCACAACCCGCGCGCUGAUGCUGGGGGACCUCCCACUUAAUGAAUCGGUGAAGCGCGCGUUCUCGCGACGCCUGGUGCGGAUGUACCUCGACCGUCAGCGACGCGUGGUGAGACAGCUGCAUCAGUUGCUGAGACGGACCGAAGGGGAUAACACCAGCUUCAAGGUAACGGAGGAUUUACUACAGGAUGUGCGGGGCCGUGUCGAGCGCUUCAUUGGCUUUAUCACCCUCACCACGCGGCUGGAGUGA